GGUGAGGGAGCAGGGGUGCCAAGGAGCUUCUCCUUGUCCGAUGGCACCCUCUCCAUCACCUCCCGAGUCCUACUGCUCCCGUUUUACCGAUGAGGAAACUGAGGCAAGGUCAGGUGGCCUGUCAGAAACCUCACGGGGCUGGCAGAGGGAUUCCAUCACAACUGUGCCUGAGUCUGGACGUCCGGGGGACACGGGAUCAGCGCACACCGCCCCACUCCACCCGGCUCCAGCACCCACCGCCCCGCCCCGCGUCCGCAGCCCCAGCCCCGCGAGUCCCUGCCCCGGAGGCGUUCCACCGCCCCCCAGGAAGCCCUGAGCCCCUGAAGGCGGCUGGGCAGUUCCUGGGGACCGGGCGGGUGGACCGCGCCAGCUAGGGAGACGCCGGCAGGACGAGGAGCGGCUCGGCCCGGGGUGGCCACACAGGCUGGGCUAACCCGAGGGGCCUGUUGGGGCAACCUCCCACUAGGGCCACACGGGCAUCCCACAGUCCAGCUUCGCAGCUGCUGCCCUCCAGCUGGACACCUGGACUCGCCUGAGGGCACUGGCAUGGAGCCUGAGAACAGCCCCCUGACCACACACGUGCUCGAUACUGCGUCAGGGCUCCCAGCCCGCGGCCUGCGCCUCCACUUGUCUCGGCUUGAGGACCUCAGCCAGCAGUGGACAGAACUGAAGAAAAGGCAGUGUAGCAGUGUCCCUACAAUUGCCCCACUACCUGCUCAGCCACGUCUGACCCGUGGGGGUCAGACCCAGGAAGGCCGAGGGAAGCUGGCUCUGCAUCUGAUCUCAGCAGCCCAUCCUCUCCCCAGCUACACAGACCUGGACGGCCGCUGCCCUGGGCUCCUGAGGCCAGGCCAGAUGAAGCCUGGCACCUAUAAGCUGUCCUUCGAAACCCAGGGCUACUGGAAGGAGAGGGGGCAGGAGAGCUUCUAUCCAUACAUAGAGGUUGUCUUCACCAUCACAAAGGAGACCCAGAAGUUCCAUGUGCCUCUGCUGCUGAGCCCGUGGUCCUACACCACCUACAGAGGGAGCUAGAGCCCAGCCUGGCUGGAGGAGCUAUUUACCUAUCCUUGCUCUGGCUAGGCUGCCUGCCCAGCCACACUCAGUGGUCACCCACUUCCUUGGGGAGGUUCUGGCCCCCCUCUGGAGUUUCUCAGUGGGCAGCUGUGACUUGGGUCAAUAAAAUCAGUGCUACAUCUGCAGAGCUA